AUGUCCUCAGAGUUGGUUGACAGCGGUUUUGUGUCCAGCGAAGAGCAAACCAUCGCCCUCCUGGGUGAAAUACAAGAUUGGCAAAUCAAUCACGGCUCUUUGCUUAAGAAUGUCAAAUCUCAAUCAGAGCAUAGUGUUUACUCUUACCCCGUAGGCGUGAGCGUCUAUCCUUCUCCUUUUCCGCAAUCGGAGUUCCGCCGAGCAAUGGAAAUACAGUUGAUAUAUAACGAGCUUUACACGGCAAUCGCUAGCAAUGAAGACUGGCUUUAUCAUGUCACGAACGAAAUGGUUUCCAGUCAUCCCCUCGCAAAUGCUCUGUGGGCGAUUCACCGUCAGACCAAAGCAGCGGGUGCCGCACAGGAGAUAUCAGCUGCAAUCUUUCGAUCAGACUACAUGCUCCACAUGAGCAACAAACCGUCAUCGUCAAAUGAUUGCAUUGAACCGACAUUGAAGCAAGUCGAGUUCAAUACAUUCUCAUGUGCAGGCGCCAGCCACGCAAAAAGAGUUGCAGAUAUGCAUCGCUACAUGACUCGAACUGGGGCCUAUGAUUUGGAAACUGCGACCGGACAACACAACCCGAACGCACUUUCCCUUCCGUCCAAUGAUAACAUAGACUCCCUGGCGUCCUUGUUAGCCUCGGCUCAUGCGGCCUAUGGUGCCCCAAAGAAUGACACGGCGAAACGAACGGCCCUGUUGUACAUUGUUCAGCCAUACAACUUCAACAUCGCGGAUGAAAGACCGAUUGAAUAUGCACUGUGGAACCGAGAUCCGCCGGUCCCUACAUAUCGGCUUAAUUGGGGAGAUGACAUCCUGCAACACACCUCCCUCACGGAUACACAAGAAUUGCUGUUCCACCCGCCGGGGCUGCCUGUCCGCGAUCCUAUGGAGAUUUCUGUGGUGUACAUGAGAGCCGGGUAUGAGGGACACGAAUAUGAUGACAUUGGACAACAAGCGCGUCUACGCCUCGAGAUGUCCUCCGCCAUAAAAUGUCCGUCUAUCCUGUCGCAUAUCGCUACCUUUAAAAAGGUCCAACAAGCAUUGAUUGCGCCUGGUGAAUUGGAACGGUUUCUGACACCCGAAAAGGCUGCUGUCAUCCGAAAAACGUUUGUCAUGCAAUAUCCUCUGGACAAAACUACGGAGGGUCUGUUUGCUCGGCAAAUAGUCCAUGAUGGGGAUUGUUCCAAUUAUAUCUUGAAGCCGUCGUUGGAGGGUGGAGGGAACAAUAUUUACGAUCGCAUACCUGAAUUUCUUGAAUCCACACCAACUGCUGCAUGGGCCUCAUACAUCAUGAUGGAGCGCAUCCAACCCCCAAAGUCGAGAAAUGUAUUGAUGGGCCCAUCAGGGGUGGAAGAAGGCCCAGUGGUGUCAGAACUUGGUAUCUAUGGGGCUUGUCUCUGGAAACAAACAAAUCAACAGAGUGAAAUGUUACACAACAGCUGUGCCGGUUGGUCAUUCAAAACCAAACAUGCGCAUAUUGACGAGAUGAGUGUUGUUAAAGGUUAUGGGUGUUUUGACACCCCUUGUCUGCAAUGA